AUGAAGUACUUAAAAUGUGUGGUGAAAGAAACUCUGAGAUUGCAUCCACCUGGUCCUCUUUUGGCUCCCAGAAAAACUUUAAGCAGUGUGAAACUAGGAGGGUACGAUAUUCCCCCUAAAACGAAAGUGCUUGUAAAUGUUUGGGCAAUCCACAGGGAUCCCAAGUACUGGGAAAGGCCUGAAGAGUUUGUUCCAGAGAGAUUUGAGAAGAGUGAAAUUGAUUUCAAAGGCCAAGACUUUGAGCUUAUUCCCUUCGGUUUUGGAAGAAGAGGGUGUCCUGGACAAUCCUUUGGGAUCGCUUCAGUUGAAUAUGCUCUUGCCAAUCUCUUAUACUGGUUCGAUUGGAAGCUUCCUGACGAUGGAACAUCUUCCUCUGCCAUGGACAUAGAUAUGAGUGAGGCAAGUGGCCUUGUCGUCUCCAAGAAGAUACCACUUCUUCUGCAACCAAUCCCGCACCCUACCUUUGUCCCUGAAACUUGCGACACUGCUUAA